UGAAAGUCAGUUAGUCGGUAGAGUUACGGCGUCGUUUACAAUUUCGUUAAUUAGAUUUCUUGUACAGAAAAGAUAAAACCCUUCCCAAAACCCUCCUUUGACCCUCUGAAAUCCACGAGAGAGAGAGAUGGUUGUACGAUUGAGGCUAUCGAGAUUUGGAUGUCGGAACAAGCCAUUCUACAGAUUGAUGGCUGCAGAUAGCCGAUCUCCGAGAGACGGCAAGCAUUUGGAAGUCUUGGGCUACUAUAACCCCCUUCCUGGUCAGGAUGGCGGUAAAAGAAUGGGAGUUAAUUUUGACAGAGUGAAGUAUUGGCUUUCAGUUGGUGCACAACCCUCUGAUCCUGUUCAGCGCCUUCUCUUUCGAGCAGGCUUGUUACCCCCACCACCCAUGCUAGCAAUGGGACGAAAAGGUGGUCCAAGAGACAUGCGCCCAGUUGAUCCAUUAAGUGGGCGUGUUAUGACAGAGGGUAAGCAAGAUACUGUUGUAAAAGAGAAAGCUGACGUGGAUGAGAAUUUGAGUUCUUGACAUGUCAGGCCUAAGAUAUAAGUUCGUAGAUGGGUGAUCUUUCUGUCAUGUAUGCCUUCCCUGAGUCGGGUGUUGCUAAUUGGCAUAUGAAUGCAAUAGUUCAUUCCAAGGUACAUUAAUAAUGAAAAUAUUAUGACAUUAAUCCAAACUGUCUUUUCUAUUUAGUUCUCUCAUUUGUGGAAUUAGAUCAUAAUGAGCAUCACCUAGCUGGUUUGGUCAUUGUGAUCAUCACGUAUGCUGUAUAUCUGCGUGUAAAGUCCGUAGGUGGACGAUUCAAGUAUGUUUUAAAAAGGAGGCUUCUUCAAAGGCCAUUUUUGCUAA